CACUUCAGAUGCAGUUUCUGUGUUUCCUGCAGUGGAAUGAUGGAGUUUGUUGAUACUGGGUUCAUUUGAAUAGUAACAUCUCUACAGCUUUUUGUUAUUCUAACUGAAGCAAUUAAAAACUUUCACAGAUUUGUUGUGAAAGAUGACACAUUUAAUAAUGUUAGUGAAAAAAUUACAGUUUAAGUUGGCAAUGAAAUCUGUAUUGUUAUAUACAACGAUUAAUUGUUAUUUCUACCUCUUUCCAGUCAUAGAGCACUUUAUUUUAAGUGAGAGAACAUCAGUAAUUUUGUACAAAUUGGGGGAACUGUAAUGUUUAAUAUUUUUUUAUUAUCUUUUUUUUUUUCUUCAUUAAAAAAAGAUAGAUUUUUGUUUGUAUAUGAUGUAAAUUAUAGUUUUUUAGAAAAAAAUCAAAAUCAGCAAAAAUCAGUAUUGACAGGUCACACUUACAAAAAAAUAGGAAAUUGGAAUCGGCCAAGAAAAUUGCAAUCUGUGCUUCUUUAGUGUAAACAGACUGAAACUAACCACUUAUGAUAUCUACAAGAUGUAUCAAGAUGUAACAUUGUUUCUUGUAAAAAACAACAAAAAGUCUAAAAACCAGUGAUCGAAAACGUAAUUGUUGUAUUUGUAUGUUUGUAUGUUUUUGUCCGUUUGUCUGUUUAUAUGGCAAGUAAAAAGAUAAAAAAUGAUUAAAAUGUUUAUGUCAGAUUGACUGAAAUAGAAAUACACAGAAUGUGAAUUUGUGGUAAAAACUAAAUCAAUCACAGCAGCAUCAAUUCAGUAAGUGGUUUUGUAAAAUACUUUAUUGUAAUUAAUUUUCUGAUUUGUUUUUGUAGCUACUUAUUUUUGAUAUUUUGUGGGUUUAAUCAUGUAUAAAGUGUGCUUCAUCUGUCUUAUAGUAGGAGGACUCUUAUUUUGACGGGUAUUUGCAGUCUUCGGAGUGAUGUUGAUUCCAGCAGGAAUGAAUAGGCAGAGCGCGCUGUCUGUUACGAUUCAUCGCUGUUUCUAAGGUUUAUCAGUUUUUUAAGCACCCCCGAGAAGGCAUACGCUCUUACUGUGAUGUCUGAAGUGACAAAAAGGACAAGGUGAAAAUCUGAAAGCACGAGCGAUCCCGAACCCUCCAGAAUGGAACACGAAGAACAAAGAGACCUGAUGGAAGAGAACGAGGAGAGUGAAGAACUGAGUGAAGCAGAAAGGAAACAACGUAAUGUCCAAACUGCAGAAAAAUCAAGACAAGAGGAGCCAAAAAACCUGUAACCUGCUCUCAAUGUGGAAAGAGUUUCCCAUACAACCGAAGUCUUAAAAUUCAGAGUCCACACUGGAGAGAAGCCGUACUCAUGUGAUCAAUGCGGGAAGAGUUUUGCACUAAAAGGUAAUCUUACCAUACACAUGAUAACCCACACUGGAGAAAAGCAGCACAAGUGUGAUCAAUGUGGGAAGAGAUUUGCAUUAAAAGAUCAGCUUAAGGUACACAUGAAAAUCCACACUGGAGAGAAACCUUUCACGUGUGAUCAAUGUGGGAAGAGUUUCAGACAAAAAGGAACCCUUAAGGGACACAUGAGUAUCCACACUGGAGAGAAACCGUAUGCAUGUGAUCAGUGCGAGAAGAGUUAUGCACAUAAAACAGCCCUUAAAGACCACAUGAAAAUCCACACUGGAGAGAAACCACACACGUGUGAUCAAUGUGGGAACGGUUUUGCAACAAAAGCAAUACUUGAACGACACAUGGCAGUCCACGCUGUAGAGAAGCCGUACACGUGUGAUCAGUGCGGGAAGAGUUUUGCACUAAAAGGAAACCUUACGGUACACAUGAAAAUCCACACUGGAGAGAAGCCGCACACUUGUGAUCAAUGUGGAAAGAGUUUCAGACAAAAAGUAGCUCUUAAACAACACAUAAAAAUCCAUACAGGAGAGAAGCCGCACACAUGUGAUCAGUGCGAGAAGAGUUUCACACAUGCCUCCAGUCUUCAAGUACAUCUGCGAUCUCACUCCGGAGAAAGACCGUUUUACUGUGAUCAGUGCGGGAAAAUGUUUCUUUCAGCAUCAUCCUUAAAGAGGCACCUGACAGUUCAUACAAAGGAAAAGCCUUACAUGUGUUCUUUUUGUGGAAAGUGUUUUAAUCAGCUGAGUAUUUUAAAAUCACACCAGAAAAAACACACUGGUGUGAAGGACCACAUGUGCUUUGACUGUGGGAAGACCUUUGUUAGAAAUGCCAAAUUGAAACAGCACCAGAGAGUUCACACUGGAGAAAAACCUUACAAGUGUUCACAAUGUGACCAGAGAUUCAGACAGUAUGGAAAACUAAAAACACAUAAAGAGAAGAUUCACGCUGGAGAAAAACCUCACAUGUGAUCAGUGUGGG